GCGUAUUAGAAAAGAAAAUUCUUUUGGUUGAUGCCGACCCGCAAGCCAACUCCACUUCUGCCCUGGGUUUUGACCCCGACAACAUCACUUUAGGCACCUACCAGGUUAUUGAGCAUGAAAGCAAGAUAGACCUGGUAGCGGUAGAGAUUGAAUUGGUUGACAAGGAUCGAAGGGAGCAAAUGUUGCGCCUGGCGCUGGAUGAAGUUAAGGAUCAAUACGACUAUAUAUUUAUUGACUGCGCGCCCUCCCUGGGCCUCAUUACGCUGAAUGCCCUCACCGCGGCCGAUAGCGUAAUUAUUCCUAUUCAAUGCGAAUACUUUGCCCUGGAAGGCUUGGGCAAACUACUCAACACCAUUAAGAGUGUACAAAAUAUUCACAACCACGACUUAGACAUUGAAGGGCUUUUACUCACCAUGUACGACUCGCGCCUGCGGCUGAGCAACCAGGUGGUUGAAGAGGUGAAAACCCAUUUCUCUAAAAUGGUUUUCAAUACGAUCAUUCAGCGGAAUGUACGCCUCAGCGAAGCGCCCAGUUAUGGCGAGUCAAUUAUCAUGUACGAUGCUUCGAGCAAUGGCGCUGAGAAUUAUUUAAAUUUGGCGCGCGAAUUUUUAGAGAAAAACGAGGAGCAGCUGGAAGGCCUGGCCGCCUUGCUCAAAGACGAGGGCGGAGUAAAAUCAGCAAGCGAUGACAAGGCCAACGAAAUUGUAGGCAGUAUUGCCGAAAUUGAAAUCAGCCGCAUUGCAGUUAACCCCGACCAGCCGCGCAGCCUUUUUGAUAAAGAAGCCCUGGAAGAGCUGGCAAGCUCCAUUCGCGAGUUGGGCAUUAUCCAACCCAUCACCGUGCGUGCUCUUUCCGAUGGCAAAUUUCAGAUAAUCAGUGGCGAAAGGCGUUUUAGAGCCGCCAAACUGGCCGGCUUACAGAGCGUUCCGGCCUACAUUCGCCUGGCUGAUGACCAAACCAUGCUGGAAAUGGCAUUGGUGGAAAAUAUUCAGCGCGAAGAACUGGAUGCCAUUGAAAUAGCCCUGAGCUAUCAGCGCCUUAUUGAAGAAUGCGAGCUUACCCAGGAAGCCAUGAGCGAGCGCGUGGGCAAAAAGCGAUCAACCAUCACCAAUUACCUGCGCUUGCUAAAACUCAGUCCGCUUAUUCAGGCCGGCUUGCGCGACAAAAUGAUUACCAUGGGCCACGCCCGCGCAUUGGUGAACGUUGAUGACGAAGAGGUGCAAAUGGAAUUGUACCACGAUGCCAUUGCCAAAGAAUGGAGCGUGCGCCAGGUGGAAGAUGCCGUGAGGAAAGCCAAAGAAGGUUCCAAAAAGAAAAGCAGCAGCAGCAAAACUGAGCUUCCCAAAGAAUUUGAAGACCUGAAAAGCGAUUUGGCAGAUUAUUUGAAUGCCGAUGUAGACCUGAAGCGCAGCAAGCGUGGAAAAGGCCGGCUGGUAAUUCCCUUUAAUAACGCUAUAACACCGCGGUAUUUAACAUUUCUCAUCCCUCUGGCGCUCCUUUUUUCGGGCGUUGAUCUGUACGGCCAGUUGAAUACCAGCGGCAGCACAGACACCGUGCAAUUGACAGACGCCCAGGAGGUUGAAGGAAUUGACACCAGUUAUGAGCAUUCGGUAGCGCGGGCCACUUGGUUGUCAACCGCUUUUCCCGGGGCCGGUCAGUUUUACAACAAGAAAUACUGGAAAAUGCCCAUCGUGUACGCGGGCCUGGGCACCACCAUUUACUUUGCCUUUGAAAACCACAAAACCUAUCGCCUGUAUCUCAACGCUUUUUACCAGCGUAUUGACAGCACCCAAACCGAUCAGUUUGUAAACAUUUACUCUGAGGCCAAUUUAAUACAGCUUCAAAACGUUUACAGAAAGUGGCGCGAUUUGUCUAUAAUUAUUGGCGCGGCCGUUUAUGCGCUGCAAAUUAUUGAUGCCCACGUUGAUGCGCACCUGUAUUAUUACAAUGUUGAUGAUAAUCUUACCUUGCGCUUAGUAGCCAUAGAAUUCAGCAGGCCGGAGGGCGCGUUCAGCAAUAUAAUUUGCUGCAUUAAAAAUAAAAUUCCGGUUGUGAUUGGCACCACGGGCUGGCUGCAACACUACAACGAAGCGGCUCAGCUCUGUGAAAAAGAAGGCAGCGCCAUGCUUUUUGCUUCCAAUUUUAGCCUGGGCGUAAACUUGUUCUUUGCCCUCAAUCGGCAGUUGGCCCAAUUGAUGAAAGACUACGAGGCCUACGAUGUUUCCAUGGAGGAAAUACAUCACACCGAAAAGAAAGACGCCCCCAGUGGAACCGCCAUAACCCUGGCCGAGCAGAUAGAAGAAGUACAUCCGCGCAAGCAAGGGUGGACCCUGGAAAAGCAGCACGGACCUGAGCAAAUUCAUAUUGAAGCCAAGCGCAUACCCGAUGUGCCGGGCACGCACAGCAUUACCUACCGAUCAGAAAUUGACGAUAUAGAAAUAAAACACACCGCCCAUAGCCGCAAAGGGUUUGCCCUGGGCGCGGUGCUGGCAGCCGAGUUUUUACACGAUAAAAAAGCACUAACCUACCUGGCCUUUAUACUUAUUUACUUUUUCAUUUUUGGCCUGCUGGCCAUUCCCUACCUCACCAAUGCCGGGCGUAAAACCUGGGAAGCAUUGGUUCCGGGCUACAACAUUUACGUUAUGACCCGCAUUAUAGAGCGGCCCUGGUGGUGGGUUAUUCUCACCGCCCUGCCCGUGGUGGGCAACGUAAUGGUAAUUGUUAUCAUGUACGAGCUCAUGCACGUGUACCGCUUUGGCAAGUUUCUCAACAUUUUAAUUGCUGCCCUAACCGCGGGCUUGUAUUUCGCCUACCUGGGCUGGACGCAAGACAUGAAGUUUCAGGGCUGCGACAUCAAAGAAAUUAGAAGGCACAUCAGCGAACUGGCGGCCGCUAUAAUUUUUGCCGUAGUGGCGGCAACGGCCAUUCGGGCCUUUACUUUUGAGGCCUUUACCAUACCUACGCCCUCUAUGGAGAAAUCAUUAAUGGUGGGCGAUUUUCUAUUUGUGAGUAAGGCCCACUACGGGGUAAGGCUGCCCAUCACCCCGCUUUCUGUGCCCCUGGUGCACAAUCAUUUACCGGGGUCAAGCACCCUAAACUCCUAUUCAGAACUGAUUACCCUCCCCUAUUUGCGAUUGCCGGCCUUUACCGACAUUGAACGCAACGACCCGAUUGUGUUUAAUUACCCGGCCGAGGAUAUUCGCGGCACACCCUUUGGCAUGGAGGGCGAAGUUCGGCCCAUUGACAAAAGAGAACACUACGUAAAACGCGUGAUUGGCAUGCCGGGCGAUACUUUGCGUAUUAAUGACGGGGAAGUGCUCAUAAACGGGCAGGAAAAUGAAUUGCCACCGCGGGCGAUAAAACAGCGCAGCUAUUUUGUAAACGCCAACCAAGGCACCUUUAACCUUCAAAAGUUUAAAGAUGAGUUUGAUAUUGACCAGGAACUGGCAAUAAAAGGCGGGCAGGAAAACCAGCAAAACGGUUCCUAUACCUACUGGUUAGACCUGACGGAUGAAACCGCAGCGGCCCUAAAAGACUAUCCCGGAGUAAACCUGGUGCAGCCCUAUAUCUUCCCCACCGAACAGGGCAAUCCGGUUUUCCCCAACCCGCACAGUCGCCCGGACCUUUACCCCUGGAGCCGCGAUAAUUACGGCCCACUCUACAUUCCCCGUAAGGGUGAAACCAUUGCCCUAAACGCUGAUAAUUACUACAAGUACCAGCGGGUAAUUGCCAUGUACGAGGGCAAUGAGAGCUUUGAGUACAGCAAUAAAAAGUUUUUCCUGAACGGGGAAGAAAUUACCGAAUACACCUUUAAGCAGGACUAUUAUUUUAUGAUGGGCGACAACCGCCACAGUUCUGACGACAGCCGUUUUUGGGGCUUUGUGCCUCACGAUCACAUUGUGGGCAAACCGGUUUUUAUUUGGAUGAGCUACGACAAAUACGGCCAGGGGCUGGAUAAAAUCCGUUGGGAACGGGUAUUCACCACCGUAAGUGGCGAGGGCGAACGCAAAAGCUAUUUCUGGUAUUUUGCCGGGUUGGUAAUUGUGAUAACCGCCUUUAAUCGGUACCGGAAAAAGCAGAAAAAGGCCAAAGCUUCCGCUUGA